UUGAUAACGAGCGUUAGUAAUUAAGAUAUUAAUUACAUGUGCGUACCUGUACUGUAUACAGAUGAUGUUGUGGGUUGUCUGUUAUUGAAACGUCGUCGAAAUAUGGUUUUUGAUUCACCAAACAACGGGCAAUAGAUACAAUACGACAAAAUGGCGUUUCUGAACUGGCCGGACUACACCAUAUUUAUAAUAACCCUAAUUUUAUCUCUGGGAAUCGGCCUGUUCUAUUCCUUACGGGGUACCAAAAAGAAAACCACCAAACAAUUUAUUCUCGGCGAUGGCAAUAUGUCGCCAUUUCCGGUGGCUUUGUCCUUAAUGGUUUCCUAUGAAUCUGGCAUUAUGAUGCUGGGAGUUCCGGCGGAAGUGUAUAUGUACGGUAUGCAGUGGUACAUGUCGAUUAUUGGAACUUUUAUCUCCCAACUGUUAACUCUCGUUCUUAUCAUACCAUUACAAAAGAAGCUCAACUAUACCAGCAUGAACCAGUAUUUCGAGCAUCGAUACAACUCACACUGGAUCAGGGUGUUCGCAACAAUAGUUGGUCUGCUCGCCAGGGCCAACUACCUCGGGAGUGUGUUAUUUGUGCCUGCUGUUACAUUAGAAAUGGUGGCAGGGAUUCCUAUGUGGGCGUCAAUCAUAACACUGACAGCUGUAGUUGUGGUUUAUACAAUUAUUGGAGGAUUCACAGCGGUUAUAUGGACAGAUGUAUUUCAAGCCGUUCUCAUGUUCGGUGCCAUGUUCGCUACUCUCAUCAAGGGUACAAUGGAAGCUGGCGGAAUAACAAAUACGUGGAGUAUAGUGAAGGAGAAAGGACGACUCAACAUGUUAGAUUUUAACCCCGACCCUACCCUGCGUCAGUCGUUCUGGAGCCUGUUUAUUGGGGGACUUAUAUACGGACUGAGGCUUCAGUUUAAUCAAGCGACAUUUCAGCGGGUCAAGGCAACUCCAACUGUAUCUACGGCCAAACGGAUGUACUUUAUGGCGGCUGUUUUGGCACUCUUUAUUGCCGGGCUAGCAGUCAUGGAGGGGGCAAUCAUGUUCGCGUACUAUCAGACAAAAGGAUGUGAUCCCUUGGAAGCUAAUCAAGUUAGGAAUGAAAAUCAGUUAAUAGCAAAGUUGGUCCGAGACAUAUUUCACGAUACACCCUGUCUCCCGGGACUUUUCUUGGCGGCGCUGUUCAGUGCUUCACUCAGCACCAUGUCGUCUGUCUUGAGCGCAAUGUCGGCCAUGUUCUGGGAAGAUAUCGUCAAACCACACACCAAACCCAUGUCUGACAAACGGGCGAUACGGGUCGCUCAAUCAUCAGUAUUACUUUUCGGGGCAGUAGCUGUAUUCAUUGCCUUUGCUAUCUCUGGUAUCGACGGACCUGUGUCACGGAUACUCGAUAUAACUGGUGCUUGCUUGGAAGGUGCAGUUGCAGGCUUGUUCAUACUAGGUUGGUUUAAUCGGAAGGCAAAUGUAUUGGGUGCUUUAGUCGGUGCCUCAGUGUGUGUGGUCGUCGUAGGAUGGAUAUCGGUCGGGAAGUUAGUUUCAUCAGGAGUACGUGUAAAUCCUAAAUUGGAACCGGCUUCAAUAGAAAACUGUCCGAUGUUCAAUUUAUCCGGAAUCGCCAAUGCAACUACAUACGGGCAACUAUCAGCAGGAUCCAUGUUGAAUGGUUCAGGAAUCAUAGUUGAUGCGGCUUCAACACCAGUUGAUUCCGGACCACAAGGACUGGACAUACUAUACUCACUAUCCUAUAAAUGGUUAGCGCCGCUUGGUAUAUGUAUAGUACUAGUGAUUGGAUCUAUAGUCAGUCGACUUCAAGCACACAAGUCUGUCGACCCUGCACUUGUAGUACCGCUGUAUGAAUACCUAAGGUGCUGUAUCUUCAAUCCAUGCCGAAAAAUGUUCAAGCGUGGAGUCAAGUAUGCUGGUGCUGAUAAGGUAAUCGCCACAGACGAAGCUGAGUCGAUGGUGGAAAUGACAUCCGAUCCAGAAGUUAUUAAGAGGAGAUAACCGAAGCAGUAUUAUGUUUAUCAAACCUAGAUUUAUUUAUAUUUAAUUGAAAGCGUAAAUGUGUGACUACCUUAGACAACUUUGAGUGUGUGUUUACCAUUGUGUAUCUGAAAUGUUGUGUAUUUAUGAUAACAUAUCUUUUUUUCUUUUUUUUUUUAUUUAUUAAAUUUUUUCAUUACAAUAAUUUUACGUCACAGAGUGUAUGUUGCCAUCAUUAUCACAUAAGAUUUUAGACAUUAUAUUAUUAGCUCCAAUAAAUUUUUAUUUCACUACAAUGUAAAUUCCCGCCGAACAGGAAAAUACAAGGUAUACCUAAAUUUCAUUUUCGCACCUUAUUUUAUCGGUCUUCCUUAUCAUACUGUGGUUAAGCGAGUUUAUGACCUUCUGUCCCCGCUCUGCAGUCAGACGUAUUCUCUGUGGCCAAAGUUAUGAGAUUUUUCUACAACAUAUACUCAAACGUGGUAAAGCUCUGGUUUUCUUAUGCAUUAUUAUGGUAUUUAUAAUGAUCAGACAAUUCAAAAGACACGUGUUUAUUUUUAAGCACUUUAGGAUAUAAAUUUGGGGGAAAUGUGUUAAGUGUUCAAAGUUGGCAUUUUUUGUGAAUUAGUAACUUUAUUUGUUAUCAGAUUCUCAUAUUUAUUGAAUUUUAUAAAAUAUAGAAAUACAUAUCCAACCGAUGUAAAGAUAUUUGGAAAAUGAUCUAGCAUCAUUUGUUAAAAUUGUGUAUGAAGGAUAAGAGGACCACUUGCUGUUUUGUGAUAUACAUGUAUAUAGAUGUGCCCGGGAUAUUUAUUUCCUUCUUUUGUUGUUGUGUUGAAUUUGCUUUGUUAAUAUUAUUAUAUCACUGUUUGUUUGAAACUUACACUUUUCUAGAGAUUUUGUAGACUCUAAAUGUUACACUUACUCAAUGCGUUCACCUCUCAUGAACAAAUGUUUUUAAUUUGUUACUUGUAGGCCUAUAUUUAAAUAUAUAUAUAUACAUUUUGUAUAUUUGUAUACAUUGUAGUGUAUAUGUCGAUUUAAGAUGACAUGCAUUAGCUAUGUGUACCUUAUAUAUUUGUGUAUGCAAAAGUUAUAUCGUAUAUCAAUGCACCUGAUCAAUUUGAAUACGUGACAUUAGUUCAUAACCAUGUAUAAAUAAAUAAAUUUUAUGUGCAAUUUUGCUGGUAAGAAAGAAAAAUCUAACUGCAAACUGAAUGUAUGCACGUACAUGUAAAAUAUAUUCAAAUAUUAUACGUUGUAGUGGUCCGGUGUUUGCGUAAACAAUAGUAAUGAUAAAUCGGACAUUGACUCCCCAAUCAAGAUGGCGCUGGAAUUUAUUUUUCAUCGAAGAAUGAAAAGACAAAAUAUUGACAAAUCAAAAGUGGCAUUCUGCAUACAGCGAAAAAUCAAUUAUAUAAGUAUACACAUAAUGGUUUUGUAUAUACUAGUUGUACAAUGUAUAUUAAUAUGUACCUAAAAUUUUUCUUGUUGAAAGUUGUAAAUUGUUUAUAAAUGGAAUGCAAUUAAAAUAUAUUACACUUUGUGUGUGCCUCUAUCUAAAGAUUUGUUUAGAUAGAUUGAUGUACUGUAUACAUUUGUAUAUACUAUAUGCAAUAUAUGUUAGUAUAUAUUUGCAUAUGGUACAUUGUAUAUCUAACAAAUUUAUA